GUAACUUAUCCACACUCGUCAGCGCUACGCUUCUUCGAGAGCAUGGGUGAGGCGAUGUUUAAGCUCCUCCCAACAUGAGAUUGGUGACGCCUGAACGGUGCCUCAAUUUUUUCAAUCAACCUAGGAUGUUCUCUCCUACAGCUUUAGAUCCGAUGAUUGGCUACUUGAAAAGAGCUCAAUACUUGCUGAUGGUCUGAGGACAUUAUAAAAGGCAAACGUCUCCGCCAUGUUGGGGGCACUCGAUUGCAACAUCCACGACUACAAUCACAACAUCAUCCUAUCCAAACGCACUCAUCCAUCAACACCCAGUUACCCGACGAAUCUACAACCAUUCUUUACAAUGCAGUUCUCAAAGACCAUCCUCCUUAUCGCCGCAGCCAUCGUUCCCUCCGUCAUGGCUGGAUGCAGUGGCGCCGCUCCUUAUCAGGGAACUUGUUUGACAUGCACUUCCACCUGCCACGAUAACUUUGGCGGACCUGAUCGCAUGUCCUCCCUCCAGCGCACUGGCUGCAUGACGAACUGCCUUUUGCACUGCAACGACUGCAACUAGACGGAAUGACCUUGACUCUGAUUGAAAAAGGCUUUAGGAGGCCAGAUGUCACAAAUGGCGGAAUGUCCACCUCUUUUGAACUAGAAAAAGAAGGCCAUGAUUUGAGUAGCUCAGUUGAUAGCUUCUUCACCGAGAAUUUUGAGUCGAAUAGAAGUUUACAUUCACUGACAA